UCUUAAUGGUUAAGUAACAAGUUUAUCUUGAGUAGUGAGUGUGUAUUUUUUGAGGCCUUUAUCUUGUGCAAAUGUAGAUGACAGGUGGUGGCGCGGUAGCACGUGCCGAGGCGCUGUAAUUGAAUACGUAAGAGCAAAACGGGUGCAUCGUCUCUCUAGUGCACAAUGCCUGAUCUUCCACCUACAUAUGUUGCUGGUUUUCACAAUGAGGAAGCUGUUUCUAAAAUGCGCUACAAUCCACUGGGAUCUACAGGUUUGUUGGUAUCUCAUCUUGCAUAUGGAGGAGGGUGUUUAAACAAGGAAGGAUAUGGCGUGUUUGAUGAAGAAGAAGCUGUUAAGACAAUUCACGAGGCCAUUAAAAAUGGUAUAAAUUACAUUGAUACUGCCCCAUGGUAUGGAAAUCGCUUCUCUGAAGAAUUCUUAGGAAAGGCCUUAAAAGGUAUUCCUAGACAAGCUUAUUAUAUAGCAACUAAAGUAGCAAGAUAUGAAAGAAAUAUUGCAAAAAUGUUUGACUUUUCUGCAGAAAAAACAAAGAGUAGCUUUGAUUUGAGUCUCAAGUUACUUGGUGUGACGUAUGUUGAUAUAAUCCAGGUUCACGAUGUGGAAUUUGCUCCUACGCAAGAACAAGUGCUAAAUGAAACACUGCCCACAGUGGAAACAUUUGUUAAGGAAGGAAGGGCUCGUUUUGUUGGUAUUUCUGCCUAUCCUCUAUCAAUUAUGAAGGAAGUUAUUGAAAAAUCCUCUGUAAAAAUUUCAACAGUUCUUUCUUACUGUAGAGAUACUCUUAUUGAUGAUUCUCUGAGGGAGUAUAUGUCUUUCUUUCAAUCAAAAGGUGUGGGAGUAAUAGAAGCAGCAAGUCCUGCAAUGGGUUUACUGACAUCUGGAGGACCACGGGAAUGGCAUCCAGCAAGUCAGCAGUUAAGAGAUUUUUGUGCUGAAAUGGCAAAAUAUUGCAAGGACAAAGAAGUUGAAUUGGGUCAUCUGGCUGUUAAUCAUGCUUUGACACAACACGGACCUGCAACUCAUCUUAUCGGCAUGCAAACAAGAGCCCUUCUUGAAAGAAAUCUCAAUAUUUUAUUGAAUGGCCUUUCUGAGAAAGAAAAAGAAGUGUUGAGUGAACUGGAGUCAAAAUAUUUAACAAGAGUACCAGAGAAACAUUGGGAAGGCAAAGAACUAGAGACAUAUUGGGCUCAAAUGAAAACAUUAAAUUGAUUAAAAUAAUCAUCCAUAAAUUAAAAAAAAUAAUAUUCUAUGAAAAGUUACAAGAAACAAGCAGAAGACUAGGGUUACCAUAGACAUGUGUAGCCUAAAACAAGAGGGAGAGGCCACAUUUUUGGCCACCUGUGGUCCUUUUUCAAAUAAAUGUUUUUAUUUACUUACAGCAUUUGACUAGGAAAUCAAUAAAAUGUACUACAAGAAGAAUGAAAUUAUAACUUUAAUGAUAGAGUUAAUAAAUAGAAUUGAUAUUUUGAAUCAUUAACAGAGUUGCAGAUAGUUUGGAGAGCCUUUUCUCCACAAGUGUAUCAAUUCCCCAAAUUAUCAACUUCAAGAAGGGGUAAAGUAAGGAAUUCAUUGUAUCUCAGACAAUUAACGUCUCCCUCCUCUGUGCCUGCCAAUGAGUAUUAUAAUUGCUCAGGUGAAAGAAAGAUGACCAAUUACAAUACAGAUAGCAAAGAACUUUGAUAAUUUUAACUCUUGUAACUCACAUUUUCUUCAUUCUCUAAGAAUAAUUUAAUUUCCAUUAAUUCCCUUUAAUGAUUUUCCAUCCAUUAUUCAAGUUUUACAAUUGAAACUUCAUUAUUUCACACUAUUUUAACAAUGCUUCUUUUUUCUUCCUUCAGAUUUAUAUUACUAAGGUUUCACUGUAUUUAUUGAUAUAACAGUUAUGAGAAGAGCAAUAAGACAGUGAAUGAAACUGAUGCAUGUAAAGAAUAUUAAAAUUACUUUUAAGAACCAUUGAUAUUCCUCAUGGUAACAAAUUUUGUAUAUUUUAUAUGAAAUGAAAUAUAUUUUUCCAAGUAAUAACUUAAUUCUCUAGAAACCACAACAUUAUUUAUUUUAUCAAAAGCAUUCUUCUGUCCAAUUAUACAUAAAAGAAAUAUUUUUUCUCCUCAAAUAUAUAAUUGCAUAUAAAGGAUAUCUGGAAGGAAAUGCAGAAACUUCGAAAAUAAACUCUUAAGACAAUUUUAAGCAUUUUUGCUAAUGAACUACUUUGAUAUUCCGAAUGGCUAAGCUGCUAUAAAC